GGUGGCCGGGGCGCGCCAGCACGCCGGCGGGGGCGGCGCCGAGGGUCCCGGGGGCGCCUGGGACUUCCUCGAGGUGUACCUGGCCAACCUGGAGGCCAAGGCCAGGCAGGUGGCCGCGCUCCUGCCAGCCAGAGGCAGGCGGGGAGCCAACGACGAGCUCUUCCGGGAGGGCUCCAGGCUCAGGCGGCAGCUGGCCAAGCUGGCCCUGAUCUUCAGCCACAUGCAUGCGGAGCUGGGCGCACUCUUCCCCGGGGGAAAGUACCGCGGGGACAGCUACCAGCUCACCAAGGCCGCGGCCCACGCCUUCUGGAGGGAGCGCUGUGGCGCCCGCUGUGUGCUGCCCUGGGCUGAGCUCCAGUCCCUGCUGAGCACCUGCCACCCCGUGGAACCCGGUGCCACUGCCCAGGCCCUGUGCUCCACCAUCGACCUCACCUGCAGUGGCCACGUGUCCGUCUUCGAGUUUGACAUCUUCACCAGGCUCUUCCAGCCAUGGCCAACACUGCUCAAGAACUGGCAGCUGCUGGCCGUCAGCCACCCGGGCUACAUGGCCUUCCUGACAUACGAGGAGGUACAGGAGCGCCUGCAGGCCUGCAGAGACAAGCCAGGCAGCUACAUCUUCCGGCCCAGCUGCACCCGCCUGGGGCAGUGGGCCAUCGGGUACGUGAGCUCGGACGGCAGCAUCCUGCAGACCAUCCCUCCCAACAGACCCCUUUUCCAGGUGCUCCUGGAAGGACAAAAGGACGGCAGCUUCCUCUACCCAGACGGGAAGAACCACAACCCAGACCUGGCGGAGCUCUGCCGGGCGGAACCCCAGCAGCACAUCCAUGUGUCAGAGGAGCAGCUGCAGCUCUACUGGGCCAUGGACUCCACAUUCGAGCUGUGCAAGAUCUGUGCCGAGAACGACAAGGACGUGAAGAUCGAGCCCUGUGGACACUUGCUGUGUAGCCACUGCCUGGCUGCCUGGCAGCGCAGGGACAGCCAGACCUGCCCCUUCUGCCGCUGCGAGAUCAAGGGCCACGAGGCCGUGAGCAUCCAUCAGUUCCGGGGAGGGACAGCGGAGGGCGGGGCCGAUGCUGUGACAGAUGACCGCCGUGACCGGGAGAGCCUGGGGCUGGAGCCGGAGCAGGUGGCCCCCUGUGCUCCCUCUCUGCCCCCUCGCUCAGAUCUGCCCCCUCGCUCAGAUCUGCCCCCCAGGAGGCCCAGAAGUGAAUGCCAGCUGGAGGUGGGCAUUUCUGAAUCUCCGCCCUCCCAGGCACCUCUGGCCCUCCCCCGACUCCGGGCCCCCCUUCCCUUGCCGAGAAUCAGGACCAUGGCCUCAGCCCUGUGGAACGCCAGCUCCAGGGCCCAGGCCACGGAGGGGGCCACAGAAAACUCCUAAAGGGCAACGCGCCCCUCCAGCUGCCUCUGUGGGACCCGCGACGGCUCCCCAGGCCUUGAAGCCAGGCAGAGCCAGGCUCCAGGGGACCCUCCUGCUACCAGCGACCCCCGAGCUGAAGGAGACCUGUCCCAGCAUGACCAGUGAGCCCCCCCGCACCCCCGCUUCUGACCAGCGUCCCGGUGCUACUUUCCCCCAGCUAACCCAUGCCAGCCCCUCCUCCCCCCAGGCUCCAGCCAGCACUCCGGGGCCUUGGUCCCAGUCUGACCUGGCUUGUGAGACUUGAGCAGCCUGCUCGGUGACCCCUUCAGGGUGACCUGUGACCCCUCCUUUCAACCAGUGGCUGGCUCCUCCUCCUCCUCUUCCCGCUCGGCGCACCUG